ACCCAGAUGUGGGGGAGAGCCAGCUGCCCCACGAGGGGGAUGAUGUGAUGUUGGGGCUUGAUCAGUUAGCACAUGAUGUCCCCCAGGAUAUGCCUUCGGAUGACGAUCAUGAUGAUGAGCAUCACCCAGAAGAUCAGGCAGGCGAGGAGCAUGCUGGUGACCCAGCGACCGAGCACAUAGCGUUCGACCAUAUUCGGCUGAUGGGGUAUAACCCAGACGGGAGCAUAUAUUUUGAGGUGAUUAAGGACCCUGAGAGAAAUUGGGUGCUCCCGAGGGGUAAGAAAGUUGUGUUGCAGUACAAUGCUGCAACACAACCAGUGGGACGAGCAUGCAAUCGUUAUAGACGGGCUGCGGGCAAGCUGUUACGGAGCGGGUCCCAUAUUCACUUGCGGGACAAAUGGGGAAAGGUAGAUAAACAGGUUAAGCAGGCUAUGUGGGAUGCCAUAAUGCAAGAAUUUUAUGUACCCGUAUCCGUCGACCAGCGCCUGGCACAGAAUGAAUUCUGGGGUGAUAUGGGCCGUAAGCACCGUUCGUGGAAGUCGAAGUUGAGGACCCAGCUAAAUAUUCGAGACGGUGACACGCCAUUGACAGUACGUGCGAGAAUGCCAGAGACGUUUUUUGAUAAGUAUGACCAAACGGAUGUGGAGGACGUACUGCACGAGUCGUGCACAAAAGUAAAUGUGUUCAUUCAAAUCAUAAUACAUAAGUAA